CGCUGGAUAGUCGACAUUUCCCGGCAUCUCGCGGCUUUUUCCAUUUCGCGCUCGGUGUUGUUCAUCUUCCACUCUGCUCGGCAGACGAGACGUGAACAAAUCAAAAAGGGAGUGUGAACAAACAGUGUGCAAACAGUGUGCGUUUUAAAUUGAUAAAAAUAGUUCAAAAGAGCACGACAAAAAGGAAAGCUUUUUCCAGGACAACUACGCCUUAUUAAAAGAAGCUACGAAAACAGAACGACUUGUACGAUGAACAUAAAAAUAUCAUUACUAGCUUUAAUGCUAAUGAUAGGCACGACGGCAAUGGCCGCGGACCGACUGCUGCUGGGCGACACCUGCCAGCACGACAUGGACUGUUCUGACAGCGUCAAGGGCAGCUACUGCACCCUGGAGGGCAUCUGCGAGUGCAGUCCGUUCUUCGUGCGGCUUAACGAGUCUUCCUGUCUACCAUCUCAGCUGCUGGAGAGCGAAUGUAGCCUGUCCGAGCAGUGUUCGAUGCGUGUGGCCAACAGUAGCUGCAUCGGUGGUCGCUGCCAGUGCGACGGAGGGUUUCUACAGUUCCGCAAACAUACCUGUCUUUCGCCCGCCCAACCGAGCACGGUUUGCUACAGCCACGCGCACUGCCGCAUGUGGGACGCGGCGAGCCACUGCGACUUCCUCAUCCCGAACCUGUUCGGGCGCUGUCAGUGCACCUCGCCGGCGCGCCAAAACGGACCGACCUGUGUGACGGACCCGGUAACGGAAGCGGUGCCAGUCGAGCCGGAGCUGCUUCCCGCUUUCACCAAACCGCAGCAGCAAGCGCCCGCCGUUACGGAGCAGAUGGACAAUGAGCUCGGCUCGAUCGAUCGAAUGUCAACCACGACGGAGGACGACGUGAUCGUGGUGGACAAUAUUGUGCAGCGGGACGAUGCACAGGACGAGCAGAUGUCGUCGGCGGAGGAGCAUAUUACCACGGAAUAUCUGUCGGCCGGUUCGGAAGAGGAUGGCAUCAGCACGACGGACUUUAUCGAGAUUACGACCAGCCGGUAUCCGGGUGAGGGUGAGCGUGUGACGACGACCGUGAGCGGUAUGGAGCGGUACGAGAAUACGGAGGAGUAUGCGAACCUGGAGCAGGAGGUGGAGGAGCAGUUCAAGCGUCAGGAGCUAGCCGAUGCUCUCGCGACAACGACGGCCGGUGCCUGGGCUAGCGAAAUUGCCGAAGCCAUUACGUCGCAGGAGCGGGAACAGGACGCACUGGACAAGAGUGACAGUGAGGGAGUGACGACGAUCGAAGUGGUGACCGUUUCAAACGAUGGACAAACGACGGAACGCAGUGAGACGACGACCCUGACACAGGACCAUGAGCCUACCACUACAGAGUCGCAGUACGACACGGAGGAACCAAGUGAUGUUGAGAACGAAGUGGAACUGGUGGAGUACGAUCGUACGGAUGCACCUGAAGCUACGUACACCCAGCAAGCUGCUUCUCUGAUACAGCAAGAAACUACCACUGCCACUACGGAACACAUGGAAGACACGACACUGGCAGCCACCUCCACCGAGCAAUCGAACACGGAAGCGAUCGAUGCGAAGGAACUAACGACGACCGAGCUGAUCGAACAGUACCACGAUGUGCAGCUGCGCCGCCAGGACUCGAAGCUGUUCGACGAGGAGGAGGUAGAGGAGCUAGUUGAGAAGAGCCCCGCCCCGAAGGAACGGUUUGAGGCGCGCGAAACGACCCGCCACGCCGAGCACGAGAACGAAAUCGUCGACACGCACGCGGUGGACACGACCACGGAAACGUUGCUAAGGUUGGCCAGCCGUACGACGGCGAUGGAACCGGAAGCACCGCUCUCCACCACCACGGCAGCCACAUCCACUGCAAGAAUACGUACUCGUGUGGACUUGGGAGACGGACCCGUUUCAUUGGGAUUAUCCUGUGCCAACAACGAACAGUGCCAGUUGGCCGACCCGUACAGUUACUGUAACGAUGAGGGACGCUGCGACUGUUCCUACCGCACGCCGGACGAUGCUUGCCGGGCCACCAACACUGGCUGCUCUCGGGGAACGUUCCAGUGCCGCUCGAGUGGAAUCUGCAUCAGCUGGUUCUUCGUGUGCGAUGGCCGUCCGGAUUGUAGCGACGCGUCCGAUGAGGAGUGCAAUUUCUCGCUGAAGGCGAACGGUACCCAGCAGCAGCGGGCGGCCAGCUGUCCGGAGCUGUCGUUCCGGUGCGAAAAGAGCGGCCGUUGCAUAUCGCGGGCCGGCAUCUGCGACGGAAAGGCCCAGUGCCCGCACGGCGAGGACGAGGUUGGGUGCGAUUUCCGCAAGUCGCGCAAAUGCCCGGAGCACACGUUCAUGUGCCGCAGCGGGGAGUGUUUGCCCGAGUACGAGUACUGCAAUGCGAUCGUGUCCUGCCGGGAUGGAAGCGACGAACCGCCGCACCUGUGCGGUUCGCGUGCCGUGCCGAACUUUUUCGUGAAGCUGCUGAGCGGUCCGACGGCGCGGGGCCGGAACUACUGCCCGAUGCGCUGCGCCAAUGGACGGUGCCGCUCGACCGCGAUUGUCUGCUCGGGCCGGGACGGGUGCGGUGAUGGUAGCGACGAGGAUCGGUGCUCCGUUUGCCGAUGCCCGGCGCCUGCCUACAACAACGUCCUCGCACCGCUCGUACCGGCCGUCGUGUCCAAGCCAAGGAGUAGAACGAGCCGCAUCACCGGUGGACACUGGUCACGAACAUAAAGUCCUCGCUGGACCGCCGGCUGGGGGGCUGAGUGGCUACACGCAGCUACGGCUCGAACGGCCAUAAAUAGGUUCGCGGUUCCACUCCACUCGGCAGCACGCUGAUUGUGCUGAUUUUUUUUUUUGUAAAUAAAAGGUCCAAAAGACGCAAUGGGGCGAGCUGAACGCUUGUCCCUUUUAAGGAGACAACAUUUUAUACGACAUACCCGUGUUGAGGUGGUGCGAACACUAUCGAUACAACAGCACGCAAGCGGAUACUAGAAAUUAAGUAAAUGCGUAACUCAAUGCGUAACGCACCGUGGUACGAAGGUAGGAGAGAGCUUAGCAGCGGACACUAACACUAGAAAGCAUAAUUACAUCAUCCCUCUCUAACUAUUUAUCGUUCGUUUAGUAAGGCUAGCGUGUGUUACGGUUACAGUAGGGACAGGGUGCGAUAGAUUCAUACUUUUAAGCGAUCAUGAGGAAAUACGAAGAAGCGGUUUUCCGGUUUUACCUACUUCGGCUAAAGAGGUUAGGUAAACAUUAGAAGAAAAAAAAGAAAUCUUAAUGGAUCUACGCCACAAGGAACACGGUUUGAAUGUGCUGAUAGGCCCAAAAAACAAUAAAUUGAACCGGCAAUCCCUUUUUUUCGUUCGUCGAUUCCACAAACGACCGCGGCGGGACAUUAUGUGGAAGUGGAAAAUUAUUUAUUUUUAUCAUUUUCUAACUACUCUAUGUGUCUAACGAGCCGACGAAGAUUAUUGAUAAGCGUUAAAGAAAACAGAUUGGAUAGCACACAAAAAAGAAAGGAACGAGUCGUUGUCGAGCAGAACGAUAAGCCAACGACUGUAGCAAUGCGUUUGUUAGGUUUAGGCUCCACUAUUGAAAGCCUGGUUCAACGACGAUUUCGGAGGAGGACAGGGUGGCUUUCUUCCCAGGAAAGGAAGUGCCGACAUAAACACACUUACACAUACACAAACACACAGACAUACUUGGAUUGUCGAUUGCAUGUCGUUGAAUGAUGCACUUCAAUAGUCUGGCGAGGCCUGAUUGCGUCUGUUUUAGCUUAUUUAUUUAUUUGCUUUCAAGUAUUCAUAUUUUUUUCCCACGAUCCGAUUUUUGGGGUCGGAUUACUCAGUGUCAAAAUGUAUCAAAAUAUUUAAAAAAAAACAGGCCAUGUUUCUAUCUACAUCGACAAACAGCUGUCUAUCAAUUGUGAAGAUAGUGCACGUUAGAGAUUAGAGCGUUAGGCCAAUUAGAAGCGAACAUAGCGAACUAAACCCGAAGUAAUAAUUUAAUAUUCUCUUUUCAAAUCGUAGCCCGUAGUAGCGCUGGCGGCAGUGUAAAAUACAAAUUUUAAUCAAA